AUGGUCCUAGAAUUUGCAGCGCUUAUUGUGGCUGCAAACGCUGUCGAACUAGUUUAUCACCUUAUAUGCGACGUUCAAAAACUGUCGCUUCGUUCACCAGGCGGUUACCUCCUGACUCGAGUAGAAGGUAAAAUAGGCUCGCCCGAGAAACCUCUCAGCGACUUAGGACUAAUUUCCUACCGCUCCUACUGGAAAGACGUCUUGUUGGGCUACCUUUGCUCCAGACCCGGCACGCAGCUUUCGGUCAAGGACAUUAGCCAGGAAAUGGCGAUUCACUCUUACGAUAUAGUAUCCACGCUUCAAGCGCUAGGAAUGAUGAAGUAUUGGAAAGGGAAGCAUAUUAUUCUCAAAAAACAGGAUGUUUUGGACGAGUAUGUUGAAAGGGUGAAAAAACGGGGGUCUCUGCUCAAGGAGGUUGAUCCUAGUUGCUUGAGGUGGACGCCUCCUCAACCUGCGUCGGCUUGAAAGAUUGUUCAAAUCAACUAAGAGUCGCAGCAUUGAUUAACAUAUUCCGUCAGAAGCAGAUACCGAUAAUCGGUCGACACUGAUACAUCAGGAGCCGAUAUAUUGGCGUAAAUGAUCGUUUCUUUCUUUCCGUACACAAUCAAAUGUAUUUGCGUUCAAUGCCCGAACAUAUUCUACUUGAAGAUAGAUAACCUAAUGCUAUAUUCGCGCGUCCAAAAAAUUAAUCGAGAUAAAAUGAGAUACCGUCGAUGAGAAUUAGGUUCAGCUGUUUCUCUACUAUACAGGCUAUAUGAACAGUUCCGGAACCCCACGAUAAUUUGUGAACUAAUGAAAAAAUUGAGUCCCGCGAUUGAUAGGAGUUUUCCCCAACUAUCGAGUGGUGACCUUGAAUUUUACCAUGACAGUCAAGGUCAUUUGAAGUCAAGCCAAUUUUUUUUAAGGGGAACCGCCCAUUUUUGGCUCCGUAAAUGGAAAGAGCGGAGAAUUUUACGUUCAAAUAUGAUAUUGCCCUUAGAAGAUCAGGGUCAAACCCAAGUACGAUUAUAUUACUUGAAAACCAGUAGUCAUAUAAGGAAACUACAAAGACAUUAUUUUCGGAGUUUUUCACGGAUAUUCAAUGGCGAGCAUUAACGAUGCCGUUCAAGGAAACGUGAAGGUCAGGCUAUUUUUGUAGCCAGGGACAAUCCUGAAGGAACAGUGAAGUUAGUUUAUUUAAGGAUAAUACAGUUUUCUGAAUUAUUUUGAAAUAAAAGGUAAACUUGUGUAUGACCUUGCUGGUUAAAAGUCCAAGGUCAAAUUCCAAAAAUGGUCAAGGAGAUAAAACAUAACAUAAAAUUUUUCCUUUUCUUCCAUUCCGCGGUCAAAAUCUCCCACUUAAAAGAAAGUUGUUAUUCUUCAAAUGAUUUUGAAGGUCACGACCAAGGUCAGCUCCAACAACAUCAUUCGAUAUCCGAGGAAAAAUCAUGAAAAUAUUGUCUCGGUAGUUUCCCUAAACGACUACUGGCUUCCAAGUUAUAUCACCGUACCUGGGUUUGAUCUCAACCAAGACCUUCUACGGUCACAAUUCAAGAAUAUUCAAAAUCAUAUUGGAACGUAAAAUUUUGCGCUUUUUCCAUUUAAAAAAUUUAAAAACCGACUUGACUUUCAAAUGUCCUUGAAUGUCAUGGUUAAGGUCAAAUCCAAGGUAACCAUGGGAUAGCUGGGGGAAUACGUCUAUCAAUCGAGGAACUUAGUUUUUUCCUACCACUAAAUCUUCGUGGGGUUCCUUAACUUUUCAGACAGCCUGUAUAUACUGCAUACGAGUAUACUGAAAGGGUUAGUGUCUGACAGAUGGCUCUGUAAUCACCUGUAUGUUCGUGUAUGCUUAUAAAGGUAGCGCCA